GUAUUCACCCUGAAACUACACAGUAUUUACACAGCAAACACCUCAUAUACAAUAACGGUAGAUAGAGCUUCCAUAUAUCGUGAAUAGCCCGCAACUGGAUGCCCAGGAGAAACGCUCAAAGACCGCUCUAGGAGGACACUGAAAUAGAUAAUGACAGCGUUAUUCAACUUACCAUCUCUGUGCAUCAUUUUACUACUGACUAUCUGCACUUGUAGCUACUUGAAGCCUUUCUUCCCGGGAUUUUUCAACUCUAAAAGACCAGGGUUCCCAGGAGUUUUGGGAAAGUUUGCCGUUAUCGGAGAUCGUCUCUCACCUUACGUCUCACUAGCCUGCAUAGCCUUUGCGGUCUGGACCAUAGUGUUCAGAUAACGUCGUUGCUUCUCUCAAACUACCUAGGUAUUUUACACAAGGACAAGUAGGAACAGAAUGGCGGCUUUUCAGCCUCAUGACAUUGUGCCUAGCCAGACACUAUACGUUACUAAUCUGGACGAUCAGAUUCAUGUAAGGGAAUUGGUUAAGCUUCUAUAUGAGCUCUUUUGCCCAUAUGGAUAUAUUAUAGACAUUGUUGCCCGCAAGACAAAGACCCUUAGGGGACAGGCUUUUAUUGUCUUUAGCGAAAUAACAAGUGCUACUGCAGCACUAAAGGGCCUGAACGGUCGAAGCAUUUUGGCAAAAAAAAUAAAGAUUGUUUAUUCAAAAAACAAAUCAUACAAGGCUAUGAAACCAUCGGAUUACUACAGGAUUGGCAAAAUUUCAAAGUUGCAAGCCAAACCAGUUAUUAGUUCCACAACUGAAGACAAACCGGCAGAAGCGUCUUCCAAGGAAUCACAUACACUAUUCGUGGAGAACAUCCCUCCAGACAUCAACAAGGAUGGUGUUGAACUCUUGUUUAAUCAAUACCCCGGGUUCAAAGGCUGUAGAUUUAUAGAGGGGAGAUGCGUCGCCUUUAUUGAUUUUGCUCUAGUAUCGCAAGCGGAAGCCGCUCUUCAAGGCCUGCAGGGUUUCAGGAUGUCACACAAUCACGCUCUGCACAUAUCAUUUGCUAAAUAGU